AUGCCUCCCUUCGGCUCUCCGGCGCGAAGCGCCAUGGCAGCGUCCACCUGGUCCCUGCGGGAUGUGUCGGCAGUGACCCUCAUCAUCGUGUGCUUCUGCUUCGCCUGGUUGGUGUCCAUGGGCCAGAACCUGUUUCUCUUGCAUUUUCCGGACCGGGAAUACGCAAAUCAGCAGCUGGAGAACGCGCGCGGCCCUCUUGAUGACACCUUCUUGGGCGACGUGCAGCGCUCGUACUGGGGCCCGCGCUGGCUGUGGUUUGCUCCCCACGUCUUCUCGUCGAUCGUCUGGUGGAACUUCGCUUGGAUCCAACUCGUGAAGUGGAUCCGCGCUGAGCACAUCUGGCUGCACCGCUUGAACGGGAGGAUUCAG